AUGAUCGUAGAAGAUGACGAUGAUCGCGAUCUUGCAGGUUCCCCAGACGGAAGCUCGGAUAACGAAAUGGACGAUACGCUUAGGAAUGCAGAUGACGGGGAGCACGACAACGAACCCGAUGCCGACGCUGACGCCGACCAAGAUGCAGAAAGCCAAUCGAAUGCCAGUCACGUAUCCGAAAGCGCUGGAGGUGCAACGCAACCAAACCCUGACGUCGAAAUGUCCACGGCGACUGCGACAAAUGCUGUGUCGGAUCCGCUGGCUGCGUUUCAUCCGAGGGUGCGUGCGGAGUGCCUGACAGCGCCCACCUUCGAUAUUGUCCCAACGACGGCCGCCCCCCACAGUACUUCGAUCAAUGCCGUAACCGCGACGGCUGAUAUGAGAUGGGUUUUCAGUGGUGGCUCGGAUGGAUACGUCCGGAAGUUCAAUUGGGUGGACUCCAUCAACAGCAAGUUGAUGCUUACAGUGGCGCAAAGGCAUCCUUUUGUCGACAGCGUUAUCAAGGCCGGUGUGCUGAUGACAUACUGGGAAAACAUGGAUGGGAACGCAUUAUCGCCGGUAUACUCUUUGGCCAGCCACAGUGAGGGUCUCUGGUUAUUGUCGGGCUUGGAGUCUGGUAGCAUUCGACUACAAUCGGUCCGUCACGACGAGGGCAAAGAGAUUGCUCUUCUACAGCAGCAUACGUCCGCAGUCUCCGUACUGAGCCUGACUUCGGAUGAAAAGUCAUUGCUCUCCGGCAGCUGGGACAAGCGAGUGUUCGACUGGGACCUCAACACGGGCCAGACCCGACGCACAUUUGGGUCUAGUGCCCGCCAAAUAUCGGCCAUUGAGGUACGCCCGGAAUCCAGUCUACCGAUUCCCAGGGAUACCACCGAGUUUCAGCAGCCAAAUGGAACGUAUUCGUCCAAUUAUCAAGCCCCUGGGAAUGACAGCUUCGGUUUCAUGGAUCCGACCAACGAGGGUGAAAACGGCGCCGGUUCGAUCCCGCAGGCGGGCUCCCCCGCCGAUUCACUCUUCGGCGGAACCGACUCGUUGUUUGGUGACGAGAACGGGAACGGAGGCGAUGAUGCAGGGAAUUCGGGCAAUGCGUUCGGCAUCGACGAGGAUGAUGAGUUUGGUAAAGCGCUUACCAACGGAGUCUUACCUGACGCUGACGCCCCUGGAGAGCCGGAGCCAAGCCAAACCGGCGUUGCAGAGGCUUCUGCUGUCGUCGGUGCCGCUGCUGAUACCAAUGCAGCGAUUCAGCCGCCGGACUCUGGUCAGGGCGAGAUGCCCCAUGGCCCCUCUCAGCCCGUGGUGAAUGGGCUGCCCCAUGCCGAGGAGUUAGAGCCGUCAAUAUAUACUCAAGAUAGCGCCCUUCCCGCGCAAAAUGGAUCACAUGCUGCCACGGAUAAUCUUUUUCUGGCCGCAUCCAUCGACGGUACGAUCCGAGUGUGGGAUAGACGAGAGCCCGAAGCUGUUGCUCGCAUCACGCCUCAGAACUGCCCUCCUUGGUGCAUGAACGCCUGCUGGUCGCCGGACGGCAACUACAUCUAUGCAGGGCGUCGGAACGGCACCGUGGAGGAGUACAGUCUUCACAAGGGCCUUCGGAAUCCGCAGCGGACCCUCAAGUUCCCUCAGGGAAGUGGACCCGUCACGGCGCUUAAGGCGAUGCCUAAUGGCCGCCAUAUUGUCUGCGCGUCGCAUGACAUCCUCCGCUUAUACGACCUCCGACAUGAGCAAGUCACCCGGCACUCCACUGUGCCCUUCCUGAUUAUCCCGGGACAUCGGACCGGAACCGUUUCCCAGCUGUAUAUUGACCAAGCAUGUCGCUUCAUGGUGUCGACCAGUGGCAACCGAGGGUGGGAAGGAAAUACCACCGAGGUAUUGCUCGGGUAUGAGAUCGGCGUACCUCGCUGA